AUGGAAGGCUCAUAUCACAUGCACCCAAUGCAAGCAACAUCAGCACCAUUCUUCUACUACAACCCAGACCCCCAGGGCGAGAGGACCAGCCAGCACGGCCACUUCACACCUCAACCCGCCGGCCAACAGACGCUCCAGCCCCAGAUGUACUACCAGAGGCCAUCGUCCGCACACUCCCACAUGUCGUAUCCCCAAACCGCCUACGCCAACCAGAUGAUGACACCCGUUGCAUCGCCACAGCCCAUGUACCAGAAGCCAGCUAUCUUCGUCCAGCCCCAGGAGUCACCGUUCCCGCAGUCUUUCGACACCGACUUCUCGUACGCGCCUGCUACACCUCCUCUGUCUUCUUGCGGUAGCAACAUCAGCAGCCCGCCUUCCACAUACGACUUCCUGCCUACACCCAUCAAUGCACUCUUCCCGGGCGAGGGCAUCGAGGGUGUCAAGCAGGGCUGCGAAGGGGAGGUUUUCGCAGAGCUUUUGUCUGCUGGCAUCGAGUGGAGAUCAGCCACCCCACCUAUGACCCCAGUGUACAUACAGCCUAGCCAAGGAUCAUACCUGCUCUCCGCCACGUCGUGUCCGUCGCUGUCACCUUCACCUUCACCUCUGCCCCGCUCCUUCUCUGUCGAGGCUGAGAACAACUUCUGCAACCCCAGGGAUCUCACCGUCUCUGCUUCUGAGCAGCUGACUCUCUGCCCGGUUGACGAAGAGCACAAGUUUGUCUUCAAGGGUGAGGUCGCCAAGGUGGAUGAGGUCGAGUCCAAUUUCACCUUUACUGGUCUGCCAACCUUCGAGCCCCUGUUUGAACUUGACUGCGAAGACGACUUCACGGGCCUUGUUGCUUUCCCCACUUCCGAGAUCCAGAUCCCUGCCGGUAAGCGCCAGCGCACCGUCCCCUGCACUCCUGAGGAGGAUUUCGUAAGCGACGAGAGCUUCACCGACUUCGAGGAGGACCUCAGCCUCCCCCUCACACCUGCUGAGUCUGAAGACGACAACAUGUCCGUUGCACCCAAGAAGCGAUCUACUAAGCGGGCACUCUCUGAGCAGAGCGAGGCUGAGUCGGACUACCAUGGUAAGCAUCAGACAUCCGGUGAUGACAACACCGCGUCUGGAGCAUCAAGCCAACAGAAUUCAGGUCAAGCAAGCAACGACAACGCUGCCAACUCCAGCUCUGACGACAAUGCCACCGCACCUGUCGCUCCUUCCAGCCGUCGCGGCCGCAAACAGUCGCUGACCGAGGACCCUUCCAAGACGUUUGUCUGCACCCUCUGCUCGCGCCGCUUCCGUCGCCAGGAGCACCUCAAGCGCCACUACCGCUCUCUCCACACUCACGACAAGCCUUUUGAGUGCACAGACUGUGGUAAGAAGUUCUCCCGCAGCGACAACCUCUCCCAGCACCAGCGUACUCACGGCACUGGCGCCAUGGUUAUGGGUGUCCUCGACAGCUCUGAGCUUCACCACGACAUGUCUCAGCAACAUCCUGGGUCCUUUGACAACCAAGACCCUGCUAUGAUGGGCCGCAUUCUCUACGACGCUGCUGCCACGAUUUCCAGCUCGAGCUCUGACUCGUACUCCGACCUCGAGACCUCGCCGCUGAAGAUGCGCAGCAAGAGGAAGCGUGACGAGUAG